GUUAAAGAGAAGUGUAAGGUGCAAGUAUCGGAACCUUAAUUUUUGAACAAAGUUUUUAUUAAAAUACGCAAAGUUUAAAGAACGAUAAUGGAUAUGGUGGGCCGCACGAACAUUAAAGAUAUGAUACCGGCUUUACCGGAUGAGAAAAUUGAUAUGUUAGCGGCUACAAGUAUUCUUCAACAACAAGCAGCUGACAUUAGAACUCAACGAAUUACUUGGCAUACAUAUUUACAUUCUCAAAUGAUGUCAAAGGAAGACCAUGAUUUCAUAGUUGCUUUUGAUACCAAUGACGCCAGCGUGCGAGAAAAAAAGCUAAAAGAAGAUCCACAUCAAGCUGCUAAAACUUUUCUUAAUUUACUUGGUCAUGUAUCAAAAGAUCAGACUAUUCAGUAUAUUCUUACAAUGAUCGAUGAUAUGCUUCAGGAAGAUCGUAGUCGUGUAGAAAUUUUCCAAGAACAUUCAAAUCGUAAACGGGAAUCAGUUUGGGGACCUUUCUUGAACUUAUUGAACAGACAAGAUGGAUUUAUAAUGAAUAUGACAUCACGAAUUAUAGCUAAACUUGCUUGUUGGAGUCAUGAUUUAAUGGAAAAAACAGAUCUCCAAUUUUAUUUGACAUGGCUUAAAGAUCAGCUGAAACUCAGUUUUGAUGCUCUUCAGGACACAGGCUUGCAUGGGGGAGUAGAGCAAGGCAACGGUACGGACAGGGAGGCGACUGAACUACACGAACAAAUAAAUCCGAAUAAUGAGUAUAUUCAGUCUGUGGCACGCUGUUUGCAAAUGAUGCUUCGCAUAGACGAGUAUCGUUUUGCAUUUGUAUCCGUUGAUGGAAUUUCUACCUUGCUGAGUGUAUUGACAGGCAGAGUAAAUUUUCAAGUACAAUACCAACUUAUAUUUUGCUUAUGGGUACUUACCUUUAAUCCACUACUCGCUGAGAAGAUGAACAAAUUUAAUGUCAUACCUAUCUUAGCAGAUAUAUUAAGUGAUUCUGUUAAGGAGAAAGUUACACGUAUUAUUUUGGCAGUAUUUAGGAAUCUCAUCGAAAAAGUAGAGGAUGGACAAGUUGCUAAAGAACACUGUAUCGCUAUGGUACAGUGCAAAGUAUUAAAACAAUUGUCAAUACUGGGGCAACGUAAAUUCGACGACGAAGAUAUUACCGGCGAUAUUGAAUUCUUAAACGAUAAGUUACAAGCGUCUGUUCAGGAUUUAAGUUCCUUCGACGAGUAUUCGACCGAAGUAAAAUCUGGACGCCUUGAAUGGUCUCCUGUUCACAAAUCUGGCAAAUUCUGGCGAGAAAACGCUAAUCGUCUUAACGAGAAGAAUUACGAACUGCUGCGUAUUUUGGUUCAUUUAUUGGAAACUAGUAAGGAUCCCCUAGUACUCAGUGUCGCUAGCUUUGAUGUGGGAGAAUAUGUAAGGCACUAUCCGCGUGGUAAACAUAUAAUUGAACAGCUUGGAGGCAAGCAACGAGUGAUGCAACUUCUGGGUCACGAAGAUCCUAAUGUGAGAUACGAAGCCCUUCUUGCGGUUCAGAAACUUAUGGUGCAUAAUUGGGAGUAUUUAGGAAAACAAUUGGAAAAAGAACAAACUGGAACAUCGAGUGCUCCAGGAACUAAACCUGGUGCGCAAGUCCCAGCAAAGGCUUAGAUGAUUUUCAUAAGCUUCCUAAUUAGAUUGGUAUAACAACUGCUUCUUUCCAAUUACAAUGUACUUCGUAACUACAUUUGACUUUGCAUUCCAGUGCAGUUACAUGUACAAUAGAUACGAGAAAUGUUUCCGAAUAAAUUCGACUCGUUCGACAUCUUAGAUAUACAGAUCAAAAUAUGUACAUAAUCG